AUGUUGCAAUGCGGCAAACUAGAAAAAUUGAAAAUAGAAAUGGCAAGAAUGAAGAUUAAUAUCCUUGGCCAGUCAGAAAUAAGAUGGCUAAGAGCUGGAGAUCUAUGGAGAGGGGAAUAUAGGUUGAUACAUUCAGGAACAGCGGAGAAUAACCCAGGAAUUGGAGGGGUAGGCAUAAUAAUGAGUAAGGCUUUUGGGAAAAAAGUUAAAAAAUUUGUACAGUACAAUGAAAGAAUAAUAGCAUUCAAAAUCGAAAUAAAACCUAAAGAUACAAUUAUAGUUCAAGUCUACAUGCCUAGUACUAAUAGCAGUGAGAAAGAAAUGGAAGAAAUCUAUAAAGGGAUAGAAAAAGUCAUUGAAAUAGUUAAAGGAGAUGAUAAUCUUAUCAUUAUAGGCGAUUGGAACGCUGAGUAG